AAAAACAGACCUGUCAAAGGGCGGAUUAACUUCUAGCAAGCCAACGGCCAUCCACACUUCAGUAGAAGUUGCAAUCACUGCUGUACAUAGCAGUGUAUGGAAUGAUGAUGAAGCACACACAUCAAAAAAAUCCUAUACUUCCAGUGGUGGAAGUCCGCAGGAACUGGAGGACAGAGAUGUGUGGUGUGUCCGUCACCGUUCCCGUUGGAAACCAGCACCACUGCGUCGCUAAUGUUUUUAACGAUAAGGAAUGAAUGAAUGGAGUCACUCAGCUUAUGAUAAGUUCUUUGGCCUAACAUGUUUAUGCUGAUAAUCAAAUACCUGUCUGAUCCCUUUCCUAGUGCUUGGUAAAUAGCCUACUAAACAGUAAUCUGCCUCUGUCAAUUUCUCAUGUGUUCUAGUCAAAUCAAUGGUCAAUAGUUCUUUAUUAUUACAUGUACAGACGUACAGUGACAUUCUUUUUUUUUUUAGUAAAGUAUCACCAUUCCUAACCACAAACCCCAAUUAAUAUAAAGUGUAGAGAAAUGUCCACUGAGAUGCAUACAAUAGUCACCAGGUUUCAGCACCAUUUUCAAAGUCCAGUCUGGUCUGCACAAUCGGUCUCCUGGAGUGGCGCUGGAUCCAGGCCAGCCCUGGGCGGUUGCAGAACGUCAAGCUUCCAUCUGGAUCAUCAAACAAACUAAAAACACUGUGGGUGAAAAAUAUUUUCCUCAGGCCCAUGUUUAAACAUCUUCUCUCCUUCAACCUAUGCCCUCUGGCCUUGGACAUAGAAACAUAGAAACAUAGAAAAUAGGUGCAGGAGUAGGUCAUUCGGCCCUUCGAGCCUGCACCGCCAUUCAAUAUGAUCAUGGCUGAUCUACCAUUAUGAUCUAUCACAUGUCUACCAUUAGAAAAAAAUAUAUACCAUCUAUGCUUCUCAUAAUUUUGUACAUCUCUACCAGUGCCCCCUCAGCCUCCUCUGCUCUAAGCAAUACAAACCUGGUCUAUCCUGUCUCUCCUCAUCACUGAAACAUUUCAUACAAACGAUAUCUAUGUGAGUCUCUUUAGCACUCCCCGUGUAACUACAUCCAUCCUGAGGUAGGGUGAGUUGUUUCUUCAUUUUUUUAAAACAUCUUUCCUUUUGACAUGUCAUUUGCACAGUUUUUUUUUACUUCAGAGAAUUUUAGUUGGUAUUUUUCCUGGAGCAAGAGUCCCCACCUACAUAAGCUACUGCAGAGGUUUUGGUACCUUCGCAAGUUGUAUUAUAUAAUCCCGUUAAUAUACUAAGGGUAGAACCUUUUCCCACUGAGCAAGAUUCGUCCAAAAGAAUAAAAGUUAGAAUUUUUACAGAAUUCAUAAACAUUUCUUUGCAAAAUAAUUUUUAAUGUUUUCACAAAGGAAUCGGAAUUUAUGGUGACGUUGAUAAGCAAGCUUUUUUUUUGUGCAUCGAUUAGUGCAUUUUUGUUUAUUUUAACGUUGCUUUAGCGUUUAUUAGUUGUCAUGCCGAUGCUGAUGGGUGAAAUACAGCAAUACCUUUAAUGCUCGGUGCUCCCAGUCAGUCGGACAUGUUGCCUGGGCAACGGCCAUGGCAACAGGAUCAGAGCCUGGGGCUGGCUGCCAUCUCCCUCCCUCUCUCUCUCUCCACAUACACACACACACGCAUUUUACAGCAGUUCGUCCGUAGAUGAUGUGGAAGCCGCUGGAGAAUAAAGAGCUCGUACUUUAAACCCAGGCAGCACCAGCGCGAAACUCUCUUCGCUUGGCAGAGAAAGAGGGGAGGGAAGACCGAAAUAAACAAAAAAUAAAACAGAGCAAGGGGUUUGGAGAGAUUUUGUAUGAGAAAAGGGGGGCUGGAGAAACCGAAGCAAUGGACAGCCUGCAGGAUGCUUCCCCGUGCGCCCCCGGCCAGUGGCUGGCGGCUCUGCUGCUGAGCCUCUGCUGUUUGUUGCCCACAUGCCUCCCGGCAGCAGCUCAGAGCGUGGAUUUCUCCUGGCCAGCUGAGGACAACGUCGUGGUGCGACAGGGGGACACGGCCAUCCUCAGAUGCUAUCUUGAAGAUGGUACUUCGAAGGGAGCAUGGUUGAACCGGUCCAGCAUCAUCUUUGCGGGGAACGACAAAUGGUCCGUGGACCCGCGGGUUUCAAUCGUGUCAAGCACUAAACGAGAAUAUAGUCUUCAGAUUCAGAAGGUUGAAGUCACUGAUGAUGGCCAAUUCACCUGUUCAGUCCAGACCCAAUAUAAUCCCAAGACUUUGCAAAUGCAUUUGAUAGUGCAAGUUCCACCAAAAAUCUUUGACAUCUCUGCGAGCUCUGUUGUGAAUGAAUUCAGCAAUGUCACUCUUUUUUGUAUGGCAAAUGGAAAACCUGAGCCCACCAUAACUUGGAAGCAUAUUUCGCCAUCAGCAAAAGACUUUAUCAGUGAAGGUGAAUACCUUGAGAUUUAUGGCAUUACUCGGAACCAAGCUGGCUUCUAUGAAUGUCUCGCAAACAAUGAUGUGUCAAUUGCAGAUACACGAACAGUUCGCAUUACAGUCAAUUACCCUCCAGCAAUAAAGGAAAUUAAGAGUCCUGGGAUGGUUCUUGGUAAAGUUGGGCUAUUGCGAUGUGAGGCUUUUGCAGUUCCUGCGGCAGCUUUUGAAUGGUACAAAGGAGACAAGAGGUUGGCCUCCGGCAGGCAAGGGAUUCAUAUCAAGAACUUCAACACCAGAUCUAUCCUCACUGUUACCAACAUUACAGAGGAUCAUUAUGGCAAUUACACGUGCGUGGCUGCCAAUAAACUAGGGACAAGUAGUGCCAGUCAUUUUCUACACAUGCCAUCCAAAGAACAAUAUGGAAUCACUGGUGGUGCUGAAGUUAUUUUAUCCUGGUGGUACCUCGUGAUGGCACUAUCCUGCCUGGUCAGCAGCACAUACUAGCAGAGGGGAAAUUUACCGGCCACAAUGAACGUGAGUGAGAAAGCAUGAAGAUGUUCAAGAGUCGCUUCCAAGUGCUGAGAACUGGAAUCAAUCUGGUACAGUUCACUCACGGAAAAGUGUGAGAAUCAAUCAGCAGUGCAAACACAGGGAUGUGAAACUUUCCUACAAUUACUGAUCAUGUAAAUGUCUAAAUUAUAUUAUUUUCAGGUUGUCAUCAAGUUCUGACAUUGAACUCAUUGUCCUCGAUCAAGCUUUGUAGGCUGUGAAGUUACUUUUUGAGAACAUAUGUUGUAUUAUCUUACAUAUAAGCUGUAAUGCUUCACAAUUUUUAUUAGCCCCCACCCCCUCCUCUUCAAGGUGCUGGUUACAUGCAAGAAAUAUAUGGCACGCAUGAGAUAUUAUAGCCUCUAGUAUGAUUUAGUAUUCAUAAUAAUAUCAUAACACAAAUGGGCAUUCAAUGAAAACUGGCCUUGUGUAUGUAUAGUUCCAAGAUUUUAAUGGGCCUGUCCAAACAUAUAAAUUAGGAAAAUCAAUUUUUACACCAAAAUUUACUGGCAAAAAGAUAGGCAUCCAUUUCAAUUAAUCAAUGGGCAUUUUUUAGAAAUUAAUUGAAAUUCCCUUUAACAAAUUCCAUAUUCCUUCUAAAAUGUUAUACAGUCAAAAAUACUUUAACUGAAAAAAUGAGAAAAAAAAUGAGGAUGGUUUAUUAGUGCCUCUGUGAUCUGGGUUCAAUCCCGACCUUCGGUACUGUUUGUGUGCACAUUCUCCUUAGGACUAAAUGGGUUUUCUUUGGAUGUUCCGGUUUCCUCUCACAUCACAUACAUGCAGGUGGAUUAACUGGGUACUAUAAAUCUCUUGAAGUUGGCCAGGGGGACUGUUGGGUAUAAAAGAGAGAAGAGAUUACAGAAAAAGUAUGUGGGUGAAUAGGACUGAUUGAAAUGGCUGGAGAGCUAACAUAAGAGUUGAUGGGCUGAAUGAUACUUUACAUUGUAAGGAAUGUGCAGUAAAUAUGGGGAUAGGUCAGUCAUCUUUCAUGACUUCACCUUCAAAUAUUUCCCUUUAUGUUGAAGUUGUUUGAAGAAAUUUUGUUCUAUCCAGUCCCAUUGUGAUUUUAGAAUAUUUUAUAUUUUCUCACUGAACAAAGGUAAGUCAUUUGGCCCAUCUACGCUGCAUGUUAGAGCCAUCCCAUUCCACUACUUGCUUCUCUGUAACAUAUUUUCUUUCAUGCACCCAUUAAAUGCCAUCUGAUUCUCUUACCAACUGAGGACAGGUGGCAUAAUUUACAGUGGCCAAUUAACUACCAGUUAGCAUGUCUUUGGGAUGUGGGGUAGCAUAAAAACUUGAAAAAGUUAUAAAUAUGAAAUUAUAACACAUUGUUUUGGAAAUAAGUAGCAAUUGAAAGGGAGGAUUAACAUUUCAGGUGAAAUCUCCAUCAGAACUAAUUCCUAUCAGAUGGAAAAUCCCAACCAAAUCAUCAAUCUCCAUUUACUGUUUUUUAUCUCACUGUAGAAUAAAUGGCAUAAAACUAAAUAAUUUUGCCUUCUUGCUUUGCAUUUGAGACUUAUCUCUGUAUAAUCCCAGUUUAGAAUGCAAUUAAUUCAUCCUGGCCGACUGAAUUUGUGGCUUCAAUACCAAUCAUGUCUUUGCAACUUACAUCUAUAGGUGGUGGAUGAAAUUGCAGCACAUAAAAUCCGCAUGCAUUCAUAUAUGAAAGUUAACAAAUAUUACUGCCAUUUUAUAAAUCUAGCUCAUUCUGGUGCUCAAAACCAUAACAAUCAAAGUUUGUCAUUAUAUGUUAAGAAGAAUUCUGCCAUUCGAUUAUUUGCCAGGUAUUAUACAUCUUGUUGGAACAAAUCAAAGCUAUUAAUCCAGGUUUCAGGGCUUCAAAGAAAAUAAUCUGUGCCAAAUCUUAUAUGACAUACAUGACAUAACUUAAACAUUAAUGGUGUCCUUGGAAGGAUCUGUUUUCCAAUUAUGUUUUCUGCACUGAAAUAGACAACAUUUUAAUCAACUAUUAAUUGAUUCCAAAAAGCAUGAAACAGUUAAUAUCAAAUGAUUCAUUUAUUGAAGAACAAAAACUACUUGUAAUUCCAAAAUGUUAUGAUGAAUGCAAAUUAAAAAGGCAAUGCUCAAUGAGGGAACCAUUAUAAAUAUUUCCCCAUUAUUAUUUUAAUGUAUUAAUGUGGAACUGUCUUUGUUCAAAUACUUAAAGUGUGUUUAAAUUGGCUCCCUUGGCAUUUGUUGUGAUACAGUGACCCCCAGUUCACCAGACAGUAUCAUUUGAUGCAAGAGACACCAUGAAAAAUAUGUUCUUCAUUGCCCAAACUAAAUCUUCACUUCAUGAUCAGAACUUUUAAAUGAACAUUUGGAAAAACUUCAUUACAAAACUUGUGGUGGAGGAAUUAAAGCCAAAUAACUGUAAAACAUUUACAAUCAUGGUGACCUCAGGUGCAAAAGGAGUGAUAACACUGAGUCAUAUGUUUAGUAAUUUUAUCUUUAAUGACAGAUAUUUUUCAAGAAGAUUAUGUUCACUUAUUUUAUUGAAUAACUGAAAUGAUGCAAAUGAUAAAAGUAUUUAUAAUUGCUCUAUGAUAAAGUUGUAUAGUUAUCAAAUACAUUUAUUGUUUGGAGAAACAAACCUUCAAUUAUUCCAUACAUGGCAACUAUUAAAAACUCUAAACAUAUGUUCAGUAUUGUCACAAGGAUUUGAAAUGUUGAAUCCAUGCAGUAUUAAUACAGGGCUCAUGUAAGCUAUGACAGGGAAAUAUAAAAAAAACUGUUGUCAAUUAUUGGGAUGUAUGUAACAUUUGGCAAGGUGAUGAAUUACUGACUUCCCUCGUUCACCUUGAGAAGAUAGUGGGCGAUCCAGCUUUGCAAGUGGCACAGUCCUGAUGCAGGUCCUUCCACAAUAUGCUUGUGUUAUAUUAUCCAAGUUUUAGACCUGAGACCAAGAAUGAACAGUGCUAUGUUUUAAACACAGCAUUGUGUAUGACCUAGAGGGUAACUGCUGGUGGUGGUGUUGCUGGAGUGUUAUUGGAGUUGCACUUAUUCAAAAUAGUGGGAAAUCGUCUAUGACAUGCCUGCCAUGUGCCUUGAAGAUGCUGAAGCCUUUGAGGUAUCAUGAAAACAAGUAAAUAUUUGGACUUUACAAAGACACAAGAGACUGCAGGUGUUGGAAUCAUGAGCAAAAGAAACAAAAUGCUGGAGGAACUCAGUGGAUCAGGCAGCAUCCGUAGAGGUAAACAGCCAGAUGAUGUUAUGUGUCGGGACCCAUCUUCAGACUGAUGGUGUAGAGGGAGAAAGCAGGACAAGAGAGGGAGGAGUGUGGAAAAGUGUGGCAAGUGAUUGGUAGAAAAAGGCCAGGGGAGUGAUUGAUAGAUGGGUGGAGAUAGUGAUAAAGGCAAUGGGUAAAAUGGAGAGAAAAGGGUGCAGAUAAGGAAGGAAGAGGAGGAUCCAAGGGGAGGAUAUGGGUCGAAGGGGAAAAGGAGAGAGAAAAUAGAGAAAAGAGGAGAGAUAAAGGAGAUAUGAGGGAGUAGGGAGUUUGGGAGAUGUGAAAGGAGGAGGAGAAAGGAAUAGACUGGUGGGAUAGUGACAGAAAUAUGUGUGCACCAGUGGGGAAAUUGGGGGACAACAUGAAGGGGAAGGGGAAUAAGGGCAUUUACUUGAAAUUGGAGAAUUCAACGUUCAUGCCGUUGGGUUGUAAACUACCCAAAUGGAUUAUGAGGAACUGUUCUUCCAAUUCGCUUGUGGCAGUGGAGGAGGCUUGGUGUUCUCUCCAGCCUGUUAAUGCUGUGAGAGUGUGUGUAGAAACUGGCAACUGAGGGAAGGAGAAUAUGGCGCAGGUGAUGUUGCAACUCGUGGAUGUAUCUUAAUAUGUGAUAAGUGGAAGAUGGGCGAUUCAUUGUGGGCAUCUGAUUUAAUUUUUCCUUUUUUUGUAAUUCUAGUACUAAAUUCUGCCCUCAACCAUCUUAUACUAUCACACAGCAACAUUACGUAGCCCUAAAAGUUAGUGCCUUUUACAGAAGCAAGAAAUGAAUGGGAUAUUAAUAUAGAAGCAGAUCAGCAAUGUUAUUGCUGAAUGAUUUAGCUGAGGAUCCUCAUCAUGGUGAGAACUAUAACAAGCUUUGGAAAAAUUGCUUUUCUUAUAACUCAUUAACAUAAACUUUAUUACAGAACUAUUACUUUUAGCAUUGAACAGGCAUUUGAAUUUGUUCAUGUUUCAAUAAGGAAAAAAAACUUGAAUAGUAUAUACUGAAUAGAAUAUUUUCUUUGAGCAAUGUUAUUCAGAAUCUAUCAUGUAUACGAUUCCUUUGAUCUGGCAUGUUCACAGCGGGAAGGAGAUGUCAUUCCCAUCUCCAGCUGGCAAAAUUUCACACGCUAGACCAAUCAUAAUGGAAUAUGAAAAAGAUCAUACCAAUGCAUGCAGUCUCAGUGCCUUGGAGAUCCAAAGAGCCCAGGAAGACUUUAGGGCAGGAACUUCAGUGUGCUGCUU